CCCAAAUUCUAUCAUCGGUGUUUUGGGACAACUGCGGUCACCGCGGUCGGCCAUGGACUCUUACGCAGCACAGUAGAUAUAUUGUGGCCUCGUCGGCUAUAAAAAGCCCCGUCGUGUAGAAAUGCUGUAAAUACUACGGACUUUCAAUAGUUGCAACGUUUUUCUGCUCUCUCCAACUAAUUUCAGGCUCACUCAAAAUGGCAACUAAGAAGAUAGCCAAGAUCGCGCUUGAAGAGGCAUUUAAUCUUCCCGACAUCGAUAAUAGCAACAAUAAUUUCACGGCUCCAAAUGGUGCUAAAGAUCUCGGAGCGCAACUGGUAGAUAUUCACGAGCAACGUUUGAAAGGAAUGGACGAGAAUGGCGUAUCAUAUAUGAUUCUUUCUCUUACAGCCCCGGGACCACAAGGCGAGACUAAUCCGGAGGCUGCCCAGGCCCUGGCGGAACGGGCCAACAAUUACCUUGCUGGUGAGAUAGGAAAAAACCCUGCGCGAUUUGGUGGGUUUGCCGCAUUGAGCAUGCACGAUCCAAAGUCUGCCGCUCUGGAGGCCAGGCGCGCGAUUAAAGAAUUAGGUUUCCAUGGGCUCCUCGUUAACGACUUUCAGUCGACUGGCGCUGAUGGAGAGGGAGCAAUUUUCUACGAUCAACCGGAGUGGGAUAUAUUUUGGGAGGAGGUUCAGGCCCUAGAUGUGCCUUUCUAUAUCCAUCCCAGGCUUACAACUCCGGCUGUCACAAAGCUGUUUUUAGAUGGGAGACCAUGGCUGCGAGGAGCCACUUAUUUUUUCAGUGUUGGAGUUUCGCUCCACAUUUUAGGAAUCUAUGUGAAUGGAAUCUUCGAUCGUUUUCCCAAGCUACAGAUUGUGAUCGGACACAUGGGUGAAAAUUUACCAUAUCAGUUAUGGCGUUUCGACCAUCGUAUGAGUUAUUACGUGCAUGAGCCCUUGCCAAAGGCAAAAAGAUCUCUGCGUGAAACUAUGAAAACCAAUAUUUCGAUUACAACAAGUGGGCAUUACGGAACGCCCUCUUUAUUGUUCGCAAUCCAGGAGCUAGGCAUUGACCGGGUACUGUUCUCUAUUGACUACCCAUACGAAACGAUCGAUGAAGGCCCCAAGUGGUUUGAUAGUAUUACGGAGUUGACUGAGGACCAGAAAAAGCAAAUUGCAUUCGGAAAUGCAGAGAAGCUACUCAAGCUCAGUCCAUUUCCCAAAUAGGAAUUAGCUGAAUAAAUGGACGGGGAUUGUCUUCUCAGAAUGAAG